CAAUAAUUAUUUACGUACUAUAAUAAACUAGUUGUUUUCAUGAGAACAUGAUUAGGUCAUUUACUAAUAUCUUUAUGUUCGUAGGGAGAAUAGUGAUAUAGUAGAGGAGAGGAUUAACAAUACUCACAAACAGUAUAUCUAUUAGAAGUGAAAAGAGUGUUGGAGUUGAAAUGUGGAAAAGUGUAUGUACAGAUUUAGAGGUGUUCCAAAACUCGAAAAAUAGACUUUCGCUUUCAAUUAGUUAUUAGUUUUAGUUAUUGUGAAAGAAAAUUUUAAUUGCUUAGAUUAUUGAUUUAAUUAUUAAACAUUAAAAAUGGCAACAGAUGAAAAUUCUUGGAGAACACAAAGUUUCCGCCAAAGUGUAAUUGCAAAAAUACUCAAAAAAAGGUACAGGAGGUAAUGCACCAGGUACAGGUGGUGCUGGAAAUCAAGGGAUGCCUGAUCCAAUUGGAGCAUUACAAACGUUAGCACGUCAGGGAACUGGAAACAAUCAAAUGAUGAAUAUAAAUGGACCAGGAUCUAAUCCUCAAGGAAUAAUUCCACAACCACCAACAAAUACUGCUACUAACUGUAUGUAAAAACAUACAUUUUCAAGAAAAAUUUAUAUUUAAUUAAUUCAUAUUUAAUAAGCAAAAAUAAUAAAUUCUUUUAAAAAUAUGAGAACUGUAUUGCAUUACAUGAAACACAUGUGUAUAUAUAAAAUCAUUCAUUUGAUUUUGUCAUUUUCAUUUAUUAUUGUUGCUAUUUAUAGGAAAGAAUGUUUCAGAUAAAAAUGAAAUAAUUUCAUUUUUUUAGCAUAUUUUGAUGUUAUUUUUUCAUGAAUGGACACAUAAAAUACAAAGGUCAACUUUUUUUUUUAAUGAAACUUUUUUUUGUUUUAUAUACUUUUUAAUACAUCGAUGUAGGGUUAUAAAUAUACUCUGUUACAUAUCUUCAAUAUAUUAUGCAUAUUAAUUAUACUGAAUACAUUAAAAAAUUAAGUCUCUUAUUUAAUAUAUUUUAUUUAAGUCCUACAUAAGAGAUAAGUAUAGGACUUAA